AUGUCGUACUCGGUCGGCAAAUGGGUCCGUAUCGAUAGUCCGCUGCUUGUGACACUGGGCGCCGUGCCUGAAGCAGGGCCCUUGGUGUCGGAGGCCGACGUGGCGUCCCUGGGGCCCGAGUCCUUCCUGCUGCGGGCGCGCCAAAAUGUCUCCGGACAGCUGCUGGUUGCGUGCGCUGGGAAGACCCGCCGCGCUAUUGGUUAUGCUUUCUAUGAGUUUCUGCAACAGCUUGGCUUCGGCUUCCUCCAUCCGCUGAAGCCAGUUAUCCCUGAAGCUUUGCGGCCGUGGCAGCCCCUGGAUGUGCAUGAGACGCCUCGAUGGGGUUUCCGAGGUACCCACUACCACACGCAGCAUCCCCUGGAGCUCACGAAUUUCCUCAACGGCUACGAUGCCUCCGGGCACACGGACCUGCGGGAGCGCUGGCGAGAAGCCUGGAGGGCCUGGGAGGACUACUUGGAGUGGAUGCUGGCGCAAAAACAGAAUUAUUUGGAGUGGAUGCUGCUGGCUGACCGGGCCGAAGACAAGGCCAGCUUUGAGGUGAGCGAGGAACGCCGAGUUCGGCUAGGGCUCAUCGUCGACGCUGCCCAUGCUCUAGGAUUGGAGGUGGGCAUCGACGUCCCCCUGACCCUAAAGCAGCAGCAUGCGCUGAACCUGCUGCCAAAGCCAUCUCGCAAGCCUGCGGAGAACACUGCGCAGGUGAAGGAGCGCGUGCAGUGGCUGCUAAGCUGUGGCUUCGACCACUUGGGCACUGAGCUGGGUAGCACGGAGUUCACCCGAGGACUGGAUGCUCGGGAGCUGACCCGACUUCUGAAUGAGACUCAGGAGGCUUUGGGCUCUCGCAAGCUGCUGGUCAAGAACCAUUGCUCCACCAAGCAGCAUGCAGAUGGCUUUCAGGAUCCCAGGCCUGACAAGAAGGGAGCGCCUCUGAACUUCAACUAUCUUAACUACUUCGCGGAUGCCAGGAUUGUGAGCAUGCCACAUACGGUGCAAGCGUAUUCGCUGACAGACCCUGCUCCAACUUAUGGGAAUGCAAACUUCUCGGACUUACGAGAUUGGACCGGCUUCUUGCUGCAGCGAGGCCGGCCGGUGGUCUUCUACCCUGAAACUGCGUACUGGGUCAACUAUGACAUCUCCGUGCCGCUCUUCCUGGCUCCAAAAUAUGCCACCGACCGCUUGGAGGAUGCUGAGACCUUGGACGCGAUGCCUGCUGCGGCGCCUUUGCUCGGCCAGCUGAACUUUGAAAGUGGCUGGCAGUGGGGCUACUGGCUGGCCAACUCUGUGCAAGCCCUGGUUGCCUGGCGACGGCCCAAAGGCCUUGCAGGGGCCUUCAGCCAGAUCUUCCGCUUUCUGCCUACAGCCACGCGGACAGCCCUGACGGAUUUACUGGUGGACUUCGCUGCAGCGCAGCGGCGGCUGUUGGUGGAGGGCAGGCGCGCAGAUGGUUCCCAGACGACGCCGGCGCCAGGAACCGGGCCUGGAUCGGCCACAGCGAUUGCUUACCUGCAAGGCUCUGAGGGUCUUAGUGACCUUGCCUCACUGGCUGCACGCUACUUGGGUGAGGGCGCACCUCAACCCGACAGACUGCACUUCAUGGAGCUCUGGCGCGAGACGCCUCCACUGAGCCUCCGGCUCGCACGCGCGCUUGGGGAGGGUGGCGCCGCCAUGACUGAUUUCUUCCUGAGCGGUGAAACUCUGCGACAGUCGCGGCGAGUCUGGUUCCAGGAGCAGCUUUGGCCGCUGCUCCGCGAGAGCAACGCAACCUUUGCAGCUCUGGCUGCGAGGUUCGCAGCGAUUGCGCAGCAGUCGCCCAGCCAUGGGGAGGUGGUGCAGGAUCUGGCCGACUCGGCACAGCUCCUGGCCUUGCGCUGUUCGCAAGUGCUCGCGCUUUACGAGUACGUGGCACUUUGCUCGCCGGGGGAGUGCAACAGCCGCCUUGCGGCUGGACGAGCGGCAGUGCGGGCAGCCCAGGCCCUGGUCUCCGCUCGGGCGGGGCACAUGGGCCUGGAGGUCUUGGGCGACGAUGCCAAGCACAUGGUGCUGGAAUGGUCCCGGCCGGUGCCCACUGCUUACUCCUACGGAUACCUCUGGGCGGCCCAAACACUCUUCUACUGGCGCCGGGAUCAGGAAAUCGUGGAGUCCGAGAUCGUGGAUCCUUGCUUUGGGACCAUAAACGACCCCGUGGAGCUUGGCCUCUCCGGAGGCGGAGGACCGUGGGCACGCUGGGCGCAGUCCGCGGCGCAGACGUUACUCUCCAACCGCAUUUGGCAUGCUGAGCUGUCGUCCUGCCUGGGGCCCCGCGAAGAGCCCAAGCCAGGUUUGGAUCACUAUGAGCCAGAGGAGGGAGAGGAGGGAGAGGAGCCUGUGGUGGUACUCUGA